UUUUUGUUUUGACCAGUCGACUCUUGGGUGUCAGUGGGAGGAGUUGUGCGCGCCGGGUCCUGACAGCCGCCACUGGAUUACGUCCCCUUUCACUAUGUCAGGCGAUAUUCAAGUUAAAAAGCGCAAGGGAAAGGGCAAAAAGAAAGCUCACCUGGAGGCUCUGCAACGUGAAGAAUAUGAACAGGAGCGUCUGGCUCUCAAAGCCAUGGCCUAUGACACUGAAGAUGACUCCACAGACGCGAAGGGCAAGCCGACGGCAAAUAAUAGUGGCAAGAACCAAAGCACUAGCAACGGUGACAGCAGUGGGAUUGUCGCAAAGAUUAUUUUCAUGUUGCUUCUAGUCUCGCUGUCGGUGGUCGUCGCACUCAUCUUAGUCGAGCUACGAGGCAAGCAGGCAGGCUUAAAAGACAAUGUGUCGGUGGUGCAUGAAACGGACGAAGAGACGAAACAGGAGGAACUUACAGCUCCAGAAAUUCCAACUCCGAAUAUACAUGUGGACGAUGACAGAAUCCCCGAGGCUCCCUCCCCUAUACCAGUCUUACAACAUGAUAUAGAAGAAGAGUAUGAGCCUGUAGAAGCGACUCCUCCUCUUGAGGAAUAUCUCCAUGUAAAGGAAGUCAUUGUUGAGGUUCCACCCCAAGAAGAGACACCAGUUUUGAGGGAAGUUAUACCAGAAGUGCCGAGCAUUGAUGAUAAACUUGAAGUUGAGGAUACUCAUGUUGAGGAGACCAGAGAAUCAAUACCUGCUGAAGAAACUGUUAAAACUGUCAAUAUCUUGGAAGAAUUUGAGGCACCUAAAGAAGAGUCUUUUAAACUUGAAAUAGAGGAGAUUCCCCCAUUUGUAGAGGUUGCAGAAACUGUUAGUAUAGUAGAACCUGUGAAAGAUGAUGAGAUAGAAGGUACACUAAUGGAAGAAGUUGAAGAUGUACAUACUGGAGUAGAUGCACAAGUAGAGGAAAUUGAAAAAGUUGAACCCAUUGAAGGAGAUUUGCCGACCGAGAAAAUGGAAGAGGUUACACGUGUUGAAGAAUCUCCACCAGUAGAAGAGGAAGAGAAACCCACUGAGGAACCUGCCCUAGUCAAGGAUGCUGAAGAGUUAGCUGUGCCUGAAGAUAAUGAAGUGGAAGACAUUGUAACUGAAGAGGAAUCCAAGGAGUUUGAUGUGCAUGUUGAAGUGGCAGACACAGCUGCACCAGCAGUGGAAACUUUAAAAGAUACUGAACCAGUUGAAGUAGAGGAGGAACCAUCUACUUCUAAAAAAGUUGACACAUUAGGUGUUCCUGCUGGUUUACAAGAAUCUGAUGCUGCCACUGAUGAAAUUCCUAUAGAAAUUAAGCAUGAAGAUGAUAGUAAGGAAGAAGCUGAAGGACAUAGAACAAAAAGGAGUGUCGACGAUGACGCCACCGACGACGAUGAAGGCACCGACGACGACGAUGAUGAUGAGGAUGAUGAUGAGGAUGAAGAUGAUGUAGAAAAGGUUAAGAGUAAAAUGUUAGAUCAAAAUGAGGUUGAAGAGGAAGAAGACUGGUCACAGUAUGGGAAGGAGGGUGGACUCAAACUUUUAACCGAUGCAUAUCUACAAGUGGAAUCGUUGGCAGAAGACGUGCUGGAGAAGGAUCCCAAUAAUGCUAUGGUGGCACAGUUGGCUCCGCACCUCUCUGGAGUUCUCCGAGCCAUGGAAGCUGGUCAGACAGAUGGAUUACUCGAUACACUUAAACACAUUCAAGUUAUCUUGGAGGAUAUCAAGACUCGUUUUGAAAAUGGCGAGCAUAUCUCCUACCCUGGAAUGGAGCAGCUGGAAGAGAGAGAGACAUCUGCGCCCGAAGCGGAACUGGAGCCUGGGGUUUCAUUAGCCGAUAGCGAUGUAGGGGAUAGUGCCCAUUCUCUGGCCUCUGACGUGCCUGUGGCUGGGUCUUCAGCUGAUAAACUGCUGGAACCUGAGCCACAAGCAGUUGGUGAGCUAGAGUCUGCAGUUGAAAGUAGUCCAAACUACGAGGCUAUUGAGUCUGAGCCAGUGGUGGAACACUUGGAGGAAAGGGUAGUUUCACAAAAUCUUGGCUCUCCAGUAAAUCCUGCAGACUCGGAGGUUUUCUCGGAGGAGGGGCUUUCAGGGUCUGAAGUGUUCCCAGAGGAUCGUGCUGGAUCCGAGGUGUUCCCAGAGGAUCGUGCUGGAUCCGAGGUGUUCCCAGAGGAUCGUGCUGGAUCCGAGGUGUUCCCAGAGGAUCGUGCUGGAUCCGAGGUGUUCCCAGAGGAUCGUGCUGGAUCCGAGGUGUUCCCAGAGGAUCGUGCUGGAUCCGAGGUGUUCCCAGAGGAUCGUGCUGGAUCCGAGGUGUUCCCAGAGGAUCGUGCUGGAUCCGAGGUGUUCCCAGAGGAUCGUGCUGGAUCCGAGGUGUUCCCAGAGGAUCGUGCUGGAUCCGAGGUGUUCCCAGAGGAUCGUGCUGGAUCCGAGGUGUUCCCAGAGGAUCGUGCUGGAUCCGAGGUGUUCCCAGAGGAUCGUGCUGGAUCCGAGGUGUUCCCAGAGGAUCGUGCUGGAUCCGAGGUGUUCCCAGAGGAUCGUGCUGGAUCCGAGGUGUUCCCAGAGGAUCGUGCUGGAUCCGAGGUGUUCCCAGAGGAUCGUGCUGGAUCCGAGGUGUUCCCAGAGGAUCGUGCUGGAUCCGAGGUGUUCCCAGAGGAUCGUGCUGGAUCCGAGGUGUUCCCAGAGGAUCGUGCUGGAUCCGAGGUGUUCCCAGAGGAUCGUGCUGGAUCCGAGGUGUUCCCAGAGGAUCGUGCUGGAUCCGAGGUGUUCCCAGAGGAUCGUGCUGGAUCUGAGGUGUUCUCAGAGGACCGUGCUGGAUCCGAGGUAUUCCCAGAGGAUCGUGCUGGAUCUGAGGUUUUAGUAGAUGAUGUGCUUGCAGAUAUUGAAUCUCAAAUAAUUCCUGAUGGUGCACUGCACGAAGAUCAUACAUAUGUAUUCCCUCCAUCUGAAGAAGAUGCUGAUAUUCCCUCUCCUGCAGAAGGGAAGGAUCCCGUACCUGUUGAUGAAAUAAUUCCUGAUCCCAUUUACAUUAAACCUCUACAGGAAUCAAGUCUGGUAGAAUCUGAAGAUGUUCCUGAAGAUGUGCUUGCCGAUAUUGAAUCUCAAAUAAUUCCUGAUGGUGCACUGCAUGAAGAGCAUACUUAUGUUUUCCCCCCAUCUGAAGAUGAUUCUGUUUUUCCCUCUCCUUCAGAAGGGAAAGAUUCCAUACCUGUUGAUGAAGUAAUUCCUGAUCCCAUUUACAUUAAACCUCUGCAGGAAUCAAGUCUGGUAGAAUCUGAAGAUGUUCCUGAAGAUGUGCUUGCCGAUAUUGAAUCUCAAAUAAUUCCUGAUGGUGCACUGCACGAAGAUCGUACAUAUGUAUUCCCUCCAUCUGAAGAAGAUGCUGUCUUUCCCUCUCCUGCAGAAGGGAAGGAUCCCGUACCUGUUGAUGAAAUAAUUCCUGAUCCCAUUUACAUUAAACCCUUGCAGGACUCUAGUCAACCUUUGAAAGAGACCAUAGAAGAUGCUCGUCAACCUGUAUAUGAGAGAGCGGACAUUACCAGCGAGAUAGAUGAUAAUCUUCGUGAAGAACUUGAUGCGGCAGAAAAAUUGAUACCAAAGAACCCAGGGGAAGCUCUAAAUAGCUUUGGAGCUAUCCUUCAACGGAACCCCAAAUCGGCAAGGGCUAUGUAUGGCCGUGCCUGGUCUUUGGACCAGUUAGCAGAAGUGGAACGAUCCAAUUCGAAGUUGGAACAAGCCAUCGUGACAUAUCGAGGAGUGCUUGAUCUAGCAGACGAAGAGCCCAGCUGGGUGCCUCUUCCGCUGUUGCGUAUGGCUGCUGAGAGAUGCAUUGAUCGAUUGAUAUUCAGAGGCUUCUUCGGCAAGGCGGUAAGGGUACAGCAACGUCUUCUGCAGCGGUUUCCAGACGAUUUGCAGCUGAGGAAUAAGAUGGGCGUCACAUUUCUUCUCAUGAAUCAGGGAUCUGCCGCCAAGGAGAUCUAUGAGGCAGUGUUGCAACAAUGGCCGGAUGAUGGGUUUGCUCAGGUGCAUUAUGGGUUUAUCUUGAAGACUGUUGAUAACAACAACACCGGGGCAGCAUAUUACAUGCAGAAGGGAAUAGAAAGUGGAGCAGAGGGGACAUCAGACGGGCGUUUUUAUUUCCACCUGGGGGACGCCCUGCAGCGUGAAGGGAAGACCAAGGAGGCGUACGAGAUUUAUGACCUUGCAGUGGAGAAAGGACUGUUUCUGAGCCGUUACCAGCGUUCACUGUAUAAUGUGGAUAGACUCACUUCCCAACCCUUGUGGACCCCACAGCAAACCACCUACCAAAUGUUUUUCCGGAAGUUAGAGGAAAACUGGUUAACCAUACGAGAUGAGGGCGUAGAACUGUUAGGAUUACCACUACCAGAUGGCUUUCGUCCCGAGUCGGAGAAUUUGCGAGAAGUUGGCGAUUGGAAGCAGUACGAGUUGUUCUCCCGGGGACGCAAGAUCACGGCUAACUGUGUAAAAGCGCCCAAGACAUGUGCGUUGAUUGAAAACUUCCCAGCAGCUGCAGGGUGUAGGAGAGGCCAGGUCAAGUUCAGUGUUAUGUAUCCCAAUACUCACGUGUAUGCUCACACUGGACCCACCAACUGCCGACUGCGUGCUCACUUGGGUUUGGUCAUUCCGGAUGGUCUCCAAAUGAGAGUUGCUUCUGAAAAGGUCACUUGGCAAGAAGGAAAAGUCUUCAUAUUUGAUGAUAGCUGGGAACACGAAGUGUGGCACGAGGGAAGUUCAUAUCGGUUGAUAUUGAUUGUAGACGUCUGGCAUCCUGAACUCUCGGAGCACGAGAGAAACACGUUGAUAGCUAUAUAAAUGGUCGGUCAACUCUGAAUGUAUCAUCAUUCUUCAGUUGAGGUAUUUUAUGUGAUGGUUAUAUUCUCGGACAGUUCUGUCUUUGGACAGGGAAGAUGCCACCAAAAUAUGACGAACAAAGCUGUACUAGAUCUUUGCAAUUGCCACAAAGUUAAAGUAUUAACUGUAGCCAAAUAUCUUAUGUGUGAGAUCAGAUAUAUAUAUGCAAAGAGAUCAUAAACCAUUCAUUUUCAGUGUUAUGCUUAUCACUCUCAUUGUUUUUUUGUUUGCAAUCAGGUCUUGCCAAUCUUGAGUUUUUACAUGAAGCCAAGACAUGCACUAACUACUGUUGCUACAGUAUAGUAAGUUACUGUUGCUACAGUAUAGUAAGUUACUGUUGCUACAGUAUAGUAAGUUACUGUUGCUACAGUAUAGUAAGUUACUGUUGCUACAGUAUAGUAAGUUACUGUUGCACAGUAAAGCACCACUACAGUAGAGUACACAUUUUGAGUAGGUCUAUUAUUUUUAGCAUUAAGUAUAUUGCUUUUCAUUAAGAAUUUAACAUUAUAAAUGAUUUUAUAAUUAAGAUUGGUUAAAGCUUGAAAUGUAGCAUCUAAAGUUUGGAGUGCUGCAUUGUCUGAAUUUUUUUAAAUGUAAAAUGCUAAUUUUACUGUAUAAAAUUAUCAUGACUGAAGAGAGCUUAUAUCUCUAACAAUUUAAUGGCUGACUGAAGCCUACAAGUUGUUGACCUCAUACUGCUAAAUUGGCUUGUUACCAAUAAAAAAAAAAGGAUUAUAUAUAUAUAUAUAUUUAUAUAUAAUAUAAUACUGUAUAUGGGCUGCAGUUCAAUGGUGCUUUAAAUUAAUUUUUAGUCACAAAUUGAUGUUAUUUUUAAUUGGUGCUUUUCUGUUAUAUAAAUGCUAAGUUCCUACAAGAAAAUGGAAAUGUUUGGUGCUUGAUUUUGUGAAUGGUGUAUGCAUCACAGGUAAGUGUUAUAUAUUAUGCAAAGCUGAGGCAAUUAUGCAGUCCUUUGUAAUUUACAAAAUGUGUUUUCAGCACUUGAGUACUCCAUGUGCUCUGCUAGUCAGGCCCAGGUGCGUGUGUGUGUUGGUCAGACUGCUUCCUAAGGUGCCUUACCACUGCUCAAAUAUUCAGGGGUCAGUGGCCACAGGAGUUCGUAAGUUUAUCGGCAAGUUUAAUGUUACAUUCAUUAAAAAUUUUCCUAAGUUUGGGCUGAAAUUCUUAAAUUUUAUAUAAUACUCACGUGAAAAACUGAUGAUGAUUUGUAAAGUUUACAUUUUGUGUGUGUGUGUUUUCUUGGUUUCGUGUUUCUGUGCAUGUAAGUACGUGUGUGUGUGUGUGUGUGUCUGUAGAUGUAUAUAUAUGCAUAUAUGUAAGUGCACAUACAUCCAUGUUUUUGUUUAAUAAUUUUAAUAUUUGUGGCCAUUGAACUACUCAGAUAUGUACGUAAAUGCAAGAAAGGAUUAAUCAGACGAUCUAAGAAAAUUUGAAUGGUAUCCCUAUAUUUGUUUGGCUGAAAAUGUUAAUUUAUUAAAAUCUUUAAUUCCUUAAAUCUUUAAGGUGUUAAUAUGUUAUCAUUUUAGCUACUACUUGCCCCCUCUAAAAUUAUGAUGUAUUGUUGAGUAUCAUCAAAUGUUAAGAUUAAGUAAGUUGGAUGAAUACAAGAAUAUGACAAUGCCUAGUUUGUGAUAAGUGUAUUGUGAUUGUAUUGUUAUAUACUUCAGCACUGGUCUAUCGGGUACCAACUUCUCUCAUGAUCAAAUGUUACAAGAUAGCGAUUUGUCAUAAAAAUGGCUUGAGGUAAUAUCCACUAGUGUUUGACCUCUUUUGUAUAUCCCCUCUACACUCUGAGGGGGGAUAAUGGGUCUACAUGUUCUCCCCUUUUUAAAAGCCUGCUAGGAUGGUUUCUGUCAACAAGACAUUUUAUUUUCUGCCGAAUAAAAGGAUAUUGUUAA